AUGCACCGCGUUCGAAUGCUUCGUCACUUUGGAAUCACACCCUACAUGGUAUUUGACGGAGACUACCUCCCCAGCAAGGCUGCAACCGAAGAAUCCAGGGCACAGAAACGCGAGGAAAGGAAGCGGCAUGCGCUGGAACUCCUCGCGGCCGGCAAAGCCAGCCAGGCGGCCCAGGAGUUCCAGAAAUGCAUCGACGUCACGCCCGAGAUGGCGAGCUCCGUCAUCCAACAACUGAAACUGAUGGGUGUUCCCUACGUCGUCGCCCCUUACGAAGCCGACGCCCAGCUCGUUUACCUCGAACGGCAGGGUCUCGUCGACGGCAUCCUCUCCGACGACUCGGACCUGCUCGUCUUUGGCGCCAAGCGAUUACUCACCAAAUUGGACCAGUACGGAAACUGCAUCGAGAUAAAUCGCCGAGACUUUUGUGCCUGUCGCGAGGUGUCCCUCACAGGCUGGUCCGAUGCCGAUUUUCGACGCAUGGCCAUCCUGAGCGGUUGUGACUAUCUCAACGGGCUCCCUAGCGUUGGGCUCAAGACGGCAUAUCGCAUGCUUCGAAAGUGCAAGACACCGGAACGCGUCGUCCGCAUGCUUCAGUUUGAGGGAAAGCGCGUGUCUGAGAACUAUCUGACACAGUUUUACCAGGCAGAAUUGACCUUUCUGCACCAGUGGGUGUACUGCCCUACCAAGAAGGAGCUGGUGCACCUGACGGACCUAGGCGGGUCGAGAACGGCAGACGAGAUGCCCUACAUCGGGGUUCACGUUGAACCGGAGCUGGCCAGAGCAGUUGCAUCGGGAGACAUCAACCCCAUCACAAAAGAUGCCAUGCACUUCCAGACGACGCCUUCUAAGAGAAGGCAUUCCCAAACGUCGGCAGCGCUUCCCAACAAGCCAUCUACGAGGAACAUCAAUUCCUAUUUCAAGGGUCACAAUCGAAUUCCCAUGGGCGAGAUGGACCCCAACUGCUUCUCUGUCGAUCCCCAACGGGUUGCGCAAAUUACGAAUGGGGGCUUGGUGCCUCGGGUCUUUCCCCUCCCCAGACCGUACCUGGACGGCAAAAUUGAGCCGGCAAACCGUGCGGCGGCGGCGGCGGCGGCGGCGAGCACGACUCCAACUCGGACCUCCCCUCGACUCCAACGACGGAAGACCGAGCCGCUCUCGAACAUGCUCCAGCGGAUUCCCGGCAGUCCAGCGGCGGCACGAUCCGUCUCGGAUCUCACCCGUGCGUCUGCCAUCGCGUCGCAGACAGAUCCACAGAGCAGACCGAAGAAGAAGGCCCGUCUCUGUGAUGACGUCGUGGAUGACGGCUCGCCGAGGAAAAGUAAAUUCUUUCCCAACCCGAAGCGCAAGAGCCCCAGACGGGUAAAAAGCGAGGCGUACCUGUUAUCGGAUGACUCCAUCGAAGAGGCCCUUCGCAACCUCCCAGAUAUUGACGGAUGGAAAGCUGCGACAAAACCAGUCAAGUCGGUCGCCAUCUUUCAUGACAACGGCCUAGUGACAGGUUCGGAGACGCCGCCGACGCUUUCAUACGAGAGCCGGAUGAAGCAGCAGCGCCCUGAUGACAUGCCCACUGCCACGGUGGGCUCGGUGUCACCGCCGAUUCCGGCCAAGCCUCUACUUGUCAAGGGCUUGCAGCCGUCGAUUCGUCCUGCUCGCCCCAACCUCGGUCGGUUUUCACUUUCAUCGCAGUCUUCGGCAGCGACUCCCACCUCGACCAUGUCCUAUCGCUCCACCACCUUCAGCGUCACCUCCACGCCAUCAACGGCGCCCUCGUCGGCGAGCUCGAGAUUCACCCCACUCCAACGCCUCGGCGCCAGGGUCGUGAAUACGCCUCUGUAUCAGAAAGGCCUCCACUCAAAGCCCAGUUCGGAUGGAAGUUUUGGCCGGGGAUUGCCGGUGAACCCCUCAUUUGUGCCGUUGCCCAAGGUUGACCUUGACGAAGUGGAGGCGUUGAACAAGUUGUGCGGCAGCGAGGACCAGUUUGUGCCCGACACUGAUUUCGAAGCUGAGGGUGAGAUCGACCUCCCCUCCAAGAAGCUCGACCUGUCGCACUUUGCAUUUGCUUGA